AUGGUCACCGAGCGUUUAACAUACUUCCUAGAGAAUGAAGCUCUUCUGUACCCGUACCAGAGUGGGUUCCGUAGAGACGGCUCCAAAGAUCCUGAUACAGGGCGUGCAGGUGCAGCAGUCUAUAUCCCAGCAAGACGGGCUGCUGCAGAUGAAUUCGUUCCAGAUGUGUUUUGGUAUCGACACACAUGUACCUGUCACACGUGUUGCAGUAUACAGUUUCCUCUCCUCCCCCCCAGCUGCUGCUCCUUUGAGGACUACAAACUGACCACCGAGUGGCUGCUGAACCACACGAGUCACCGUCCGAAGGUUGCAGUGAUCUGUGGUUCGGGACUCGGUCUGCUGGCCGACGGAGCAGCCAACAAACAGACCUUCAGGUAUCAGGACAUCCCCAACUUCCCCGUCAGCACAGUCGCGGGUCAUGAAGGCUGUCUGGUGUUUGGGACGAUCGAGGACACUUCCUGUGUCUUCAUGCAGGGUCACUUCCACCUGUACGAAGGUUACUCCCUCUGUCAGGUGACCUUCCCCGUCAGGAUCUUUAAGCUGAUGGGGGUGGAGUCUAUUCUGGUGACGAACGCCUCCGGAGGAAUCUGUCCGGACUUCAAAGUCGGUGACAUCAUGAUCAUCAAAGACCACAUCAACCUGCCGGGAUUCGCUGGACAACAUCCACUGUUUGGACCCAACGACGAGCGGUUUGGGAUCAGGUUUCCCUGUAUGUCCGAUGCGUACAGUAAGGAUCUGCGGCGGCUGGCGGUCGAUGUGGGCUCUGAGCUGGGCUGCAGUGACUUCAUCAGAGAGGGAGUUUACUGCAUGGUGAGCGGACCGAACUUUGAAACCAUCGCUGAGGCCAGAAUGCUUCUGAUCCUGGGCUGUGACUCUGUGGGUAUGAGUACAGUUCCUGAAGUGACGGUGGCGAAGCACUGUGGACUCAGAGUUCUUGGUCUGUCCCUCAUCACCAACAUGGUCAGAUUUUUAAAUUAUAACAGCAGUAGCAGACACCUAUUACACCUUUGUGACACCUGUGUGACAUCUGUUACAUCUGUUACACCUUUGUGACACCUGUGUGACAUC